UAUUAUACCAGGCUAGUGAGCAUUUUAAUUAAAUUCAAAAAUUUAACUGCAUUCGAUUCCAAGUGAUUCUGUAUCGAAUAAGAAACAAAAAACUAAACUAACAAUAUUGUAAAUCUAAUUAAAUUCAGAAUGAAAAUUACCUCAACCUACUGCUGACAUCUAUGUAAACUAAAAUUAACUAUUUAUUCAAACUGAAAUCAUACGAUCGGCGAAAGAACUGUAGUUUUGCCAUAAGUUUAUUUACAAUGUUGAUUAAUGAACUUCCAGAUGAUUGUUUACUCACCAUUUUUGAUUAUUUGAAUAACUUGGAUGAUUUAAUAAACUGCUAUAAAGUGUCUAUCAAAUGGAGUCAGUUAAUUGUUAAGCGAACCAAAAAAGUUAAAUAUUUGUUGGAAAGUUAUCCGGAGAAUGGUGAUUGUGUUUUUCAUCGAGGAACGGAACCGAUAGAUGGAACCUGUCUUAGCACACUAUUUCCGACUUUAAAAUUUGCUGAAAUUUCUUAUGGACUUAAUGAAAAAGUAAAAUACAAAGAUAUUGUUGCAUUAGUCAGAAAUCAAGAAUCUUUGGAAGGAUUAACUGGUGCAUAUGCUAGCCCAUUAUUUAAUCAUCCCGAAAUGGUAUCCUUCGAUUUAUGCAUGCAACAUAUUGGUUCCAGUAUAAAACAAUUGCACGAUGUGUGUGAUUUAGCUAGUUUCCGUAGAAACGCACAUUAUUUCCCAAAUCUUGAAAGAUUAAAUAUCGAUGAUUGUUUGCUCACCAUUUUUGAUUAUUUGAAUUACUUGGGAGAUUUAAUAAACUGCUAUAAAGUGUGUAUCAAAUGGAGUCAUUUAAUUCUUAAGCGAACCAAAAGAGUUAAAUAUUUUACUGAAGAAAAUCUGCAGAUGGAUCAUUGUGUUUAUCAUGAAGGAGAGGAGCCGAUUGAUGGAACUUGUUUAAGCACAUUAUUUUCAAAUUUAAAAUUUGCUAAAAUUUCUGAUGGACUUUAUAAAAAAGUAGAAUACAAAGAUAUUGCUGCAUUAGUCAGAAAUCAAGAAUCUUUGGAAGGAUUAAUUGCUUGGUCACCAUUCAAACAUCCUGAUAAACCCGAAAUGACAUCCUUCGAUUUAUUCGAGCCAAGCAUGCAACAUAUUGGUUCCAGUAUAAAACAAUUGUGCGGUGUGUAUGAUUUAGCUAGUUUCCAAAAAUACGCACAUUAUUUCCCAAAUCUUGAAAGAUUAAAAAUCAUAAGUGAAUCCCAAUACUACGAUGGUCCAGUAUUGGAAAAGCUUAAAAUAAUUGAACUGGGCUUACGAAGUUGUGGUGGCUUGUUUAUAGUUCAUAGUUUCCAGGUCAUGGAUUCAUGUCCAAAUUUACAAAGUGCACAUAUUGACGUGAAUGAUCGCUUUUUUGUUGAUGAAACAAUAAAACUCCAAUAUUUACAAGAUUUAGUUAUAAGUACUUAUAAUGAUUGCGAGAACAGUUGGAAUGAUUUUGAAAGAUUGUUAAAGAAAUAUCCCAAUCUCAAGCAUCUUGCGUUAAGGAACCUUUGGCAAAUAACAGAUGAACAUAUCGAGCAAUUGGUUCAUAUUUUACCCAAUUUACUGCUAUUGGAUGUUCGUUAUUGUUAUGGAGUCACUCAAAGAGCUGCUGAUUAUGUCCAAAGUCAUUGUAAAAGAUAUGGAAGAUCAAUCAAGUUUUACUUCAAGGAUAACACUCAAAUCCAAUCAGAUUGGCCUCAGUUGUCCACUAAAUUUGAAAGAAUUAGUCGAGGCUUUGAUUUCAUGAAACAUUGUUUUCUAAAAGAUUUUCUUCGCCUUCCACAUUUAUUGAUUCCUAUUGAUUAUUGAAAACCACAUACUUAUUUGUACAAGCCCAAUGAAAGAGCUUGAAAUUAA